AUGUCUAGACAGCUUGAAUCAACUUCACCUUCAUGUAAUGGCUAUGAGGAGCAGGUCAGCUCUCAACAACCAUCUUCGCCCUUAUCACCCGGGAUUGAAACAGCCAACCCCUCAGUGGCUGGUCCGCUCAAGGAAGAUAUUGAGUUUUGCAUGAGGCUUCUAAGUGAGGAAGUUACUACCCCUCAGAAUACCAUAUUUGAUGAUGAGUCGGGCCGGAAUUUUUACCGCAUGUUGUGGGAUCAAUCUGAAGUCGGGCUCCUGAUGGGUUUACAUCCACUGCUCAUGCCCUCUGUCCAAGAACAAUAUCUCAAGCAAAAGGAAAGCCGCGAUCAUUUUCAAUACCUUGAACACGUUGUGGAUGGCUACAAUGAUCUCUGGAUCAACGCAGAGCCUAUUUGUGGUCCUAAGCCUAAGCCAGACCAUGCACGGGGCUUGUGUGAAUCAUUUCUGUCUGAUAACCAGCGUCGAAAACUCAAAACCAAGUCAAAUGGACCGUCGCCAUAUACAAUGCGAGACAACAUGUGGUUCCCUUAUUUGACAGCGGAAGUCAAACGUGCCGGCGAGGGUCUUCUAGCUGCAGACCGGCAGAAUAUGCAUAGCGUGUGCAUUGCUUCUCGGGCUCUGGUCUGUUUAUCGCAGGCAGCCAAUCAACCAGAAAAGCUGCACCGAAGAGUCCUGGGAUUUUCCAUCUCCCAUGACCUGGACCACGUGUCUAUUUACGUCCACUAUCCUGAAAUCAACCAAGGAAAGGUGGCCUAUUACCGCUGGAAACUUGCCGACUAUAUUAGCAUUUGGGAGCAUAAAUGGACUUGUUAUCGCUUUGUGGAGAACCUUGAUCGUGUAUUCCUUCUUAUUCACAUAGGCCUAUUAAAGGAGUUGCUAGAGGAAAUUCCUGACUCCCAGGAAUUUCCAUCCGGGGUUGAUUCCUACGAGGCGAAUAUGGGGUCUGGGCCGGAAUCCGGCUUGGAUGUACAGAGAAGCUUACAAAAUAUGAUUGAGAUAUUACAGCAGCAAGUGAAGGAGGCUAAAACACGAGAAGCGAACUUGCUUGCCGAAAAAGAACAACUGAGAGCUGAUUUGCAUGCUCAAAUGGAAAAGUUGACGGUCGAUUUCUAUGCUAAAUUCGAAGAACAGGCAGCAAAAUCAAAGCAAGAAGCAGACGAGCGAGUUGAGAGGCUCCUCGCGUCGAAUUAG